AUGGCAAGUCUAUCGCAAGCCGAACUCUCUGUCAUCGCUAAAUACCCCCUGGCUGACUCGCUCGACCGUGUUCGUGGCUUGCUCCAAGAGGCCGAACAGCCAUCCCUAACAUCCUACGACGGCGGCAAUGACGAAGAGGACCCCGAUGGGCUCCGUCAAGCAGCGGUUUCGAAGCUCCUCGUCGCGCUGAUGGGUGAGAAAGCAGCUUUCAACCUGAAGCCUCGAACUAGUAGCAAAAACGUGGCCUCGGAGCUGUCACGGUUAUUUACACGCAUACAGGAAGGGGAUUUCUGCUACGAAGACUACCGCUCGUUAACACAGCUUGCUCUUCAGAAAGCAUCGGAUUCUGACAUCUGGAAUGCGGUCCUCGACCUUAUCGCUACGAUCUCUCCAGCCACUCCCCCGAGCAUCCCUCCGUCAUUUGAUAGCACGCCGUUCAGGUCUACAUCGUCGUCGCAGAGAGGGUCAGAGCAGACGCGCCGGCUGGUGGAAGAAAGGCUCUUUGAGGAGAUUGAGGACUGUACUCACCGGAAUGUUGAGGGUUUCUUUAAAAAAUACUUUGAAGGAAAAGACUGGAACACACAGGCAGACAAUGCAGCUUGUCGUGCCCUCGGCUCCGGAGACGACAGCAGAUGGCCCAGCUUUCCUGAUCCCCCAGCAGAGAAAGACGCCCUUGACUGGUGGUUUGGAUUCCAGGACGAGUUUCUGUCGGAUGCACGAAGCGUCUACUUCACCACGGCGAGCAAGAGCGAUCUCACUGGCUCAGACGCGGACCGCCAGAUCGAUCUCCUCCUCAGGGACCGAAGCGCGGGUGACAUCGGUGGGAAGCACAACUGGAAGGAUAUCCGGGUCGUUGGCGAGCUGAAAAAGUCUGAGGCAGAGAUCAGGAGCAAAGGUGCGCUGCUGCAGAUGGCGCGGUAUAUACGGGAGGUCUUCAAAGCCCAGCCGACACGUCGAUUCGUCCACGCCUUUGCUGUCUGUGGAACGAAGAUGGAGGCGUGGAUAUGGGAUCGCUCAGGUCCUUUCAGCUCGGGCUCUUUUAAUGUGCACGAGGACCCGAGGCUCUUUUAUCAGAUAAUCUUGGGCUACGCGAUGAUGACCGACGAGGAGCUGGGGCUGGACACCUUCAUCACACAGGACGGUAGCGGCACCAGCACGAUCACUGUUGAGACCGUUAGCGGCGAGGAGACAGUCGUGCAGCUGAACCCGAAGCUGCUCAGCUAUCAGAGCGCCAUUGUGUGCCGGGGGACAACCUGCUUUCUUGCCAAUGUCGAUGGCAAGGUGCAAGGCGUGGCCAAGUUCUCGUGGACAUCAGACAAGCGGGCAAGCGAAAAGGAGCUUCUCAAACUGGCGCAAGAAAGGGGGGUCAGGGGAGUCGCAGAGGUCGUCGCUUUCCGUGAUAUCACAGACAUUUCCACCCUCCGAGACGGCUUGUCCUUCAAGAAGCGCCAUGUCUUUAAAAGCAGCAGCCGCAGAGCCUCCUCCUUCCAUCCGUCUCACUCCAACGACCCUCGAUCACGGUCGUCCACUCGGCUUCAUCCAAGCACCAGCGACAAACAGACCAGCCGAAAACGCAGAUCUCCGGAUAAAAGCACACAGACGUCGAAACGGUUGCGCGGUCAGCAGGAGAACGAAGUAACGUUCGAGGUCCAGCCAGUAGGGAAUCCCAGCCUCUUUGACAAGGAUGGUGAAGAGCUCUAUGAUAACCGGAUAUUUCGCUGCCUGGUCAUCUCGCCGGCUGGCCGGCCGAUCUAUGAAUACCAUUCACCUACUGAGCUUUUGAAGUCACUCUGUGACGCGAUCAAGGCCCAUCGAUCCCUUUACACACAGGGAAAUAUUCUACACCGAGACAUUUCUGAGAACAAUAUCAUCAUUACGAACCCAGGGACCGCCAACGGCCACUCGGGCAUGCUUAUCGACCUGGAUCUCGCCAAAGAAAUCGGUACCCGAAGCGGGGCCCGACGCCAGACCGGCACAAUGGAAUUCAUGGCCAUCGAGGUGCUUCGUAAUGUUGACCAUACAUACCGGCACGAUCUCGAGUCCUUCUUCUACGUACUUAUCUGGCAGUGCGCCCAUAACGGGUGGAAACGUUUCAACCGACUGAAGGAAAAGCCGGGGGACAGUUUCCUGAAUGAAUGGUACACGGGGACCUAUAUCAAGAUUGCUAGCUGUAAGGCGGGUCAUAUGGGAGCCAAAACUUUUGAGUAUCUCCUAUGGGAGUUCCCCCCUGAGUUGGAGGCUGUUAAACCGCUGUGCAGGACGCUACGGCAGGUCUUAUUUCCUAUCCACAAUGGUGAUAUCUUCACUGGGACGCCGAUCAAGCCAGAUAUGCUAUAUGACGCCAUCCUCGAUGCGUUUUACAAGGGCAUAGAAGAUAUCAAGGCGGCAGACCAAUAG